CCGGGCACCUCGGGGCGCCGGCGGGCAUGGCUUGGGCGGCGUGGGGGCUGCUGUGGCUUCUGCUAGGCAGCGCCGGGGCGCAGUACGAGAAGUACAGUUUCCGGGGCUUCCCGCCCGAGGACCUGAUGCCCCUGGCCGCGGCCUACGGCCACGCGCUCGAGCUGUACGAGGGCGAGAACUGGCGGGAGAGCGCGCGCUACCUGGAGGCGGCGCUGCGGCUGCACCGGCUGCUGCGGGACAGCGAGGCCUUCUGCCACGCCAACUGCAGCGGCCCGGGGCCGCCCUCGACCCCGCUGCCGUCCCCGCCCGAGCCGGGCCCCGCGGGCAGCGCCGAUCACCAUCUCCCCGAGGGCGGCGAGGGCGAGGGCGACGGCUGGGCGCAGGAGCUGCGGCUCUUCGGCCACGUCCUGGAGCGGGCCGCCUGCCUGCGGCGCUGCAAGCGGGCGCUGCCCGCCUUCCAGGUACCCUACCCGCCGCGGCAGCUGCUGCGCGACUUCCAGAGCCGCCUGCCCUACCAGUACCUGCACUAUGCCUUGUUCAAGGCUAACCGGCUGGAGAAGGCGGUGGCUGCGGCCUACACCUUCCUCCAGAGGAACCCAAAGCACGAGCUGACCGCCAAAUAUCUCAACUACUACCGGGGGAUGCUGGACAUCGCGGACGAGUCCCUCACCGAUCUAGAAGCCCAGCCCUACGAGGCUGUGUUCCUCCGAGCUGUGAAACUCUACAACAGCGGCGAUUUCCGCGGCAGCACGGAGGACAUGGAGCGCGCCCUGGCCGAAUACCUGACCGUCUUUGCCCGGUGUCUGGCUGGCUGCGAGGGGACUCACGAGCAAGUGGACUUCAAAGAUUUCUACCCAGCCAUAGCAGAUCUCUUCGCAGAGUCCCUGCAGUGCAAGGUGGACUGUGAGGCCAAUUUGACCCCCAAUGUGGGCGGGUACUUCGUGGACAAGUUUGUGGCUACCAUGUAUCACUACCUCCAGUUUGCCUACUACAAGUUGAAUGAUGUGCGUCAGGCUGCCCGAAGUGCCGCCAGCUACAUGCUCUUUGACCCCCAGGACAACGUCAUGCAGCAGAACCUAGUUUAUUACCGCUUCCACCGGGCUCGCUGGGGUCUGGAAGAGGAGGACUUUCAGCCCCGGGAGGAGGCCAGGCUCUACCACAACCAGACCACUGAGCUUCGGGAGCUGCUGGAGUUCACACACAUGUAUCUGCAGUCAGAUGACGAGAUGGAACUGGAGGAGACAGAACUAGCCGUGAAGCCCGAGGAGCCCCCAUCUGAUGCUGAGUUUGAGGGAGAGGGAGACUACGAGGAAGGCCUCUACGCCGACUGGUGGCAGGAGCCAGAUGCCAAGGGUGACGAGGCGGAGGCUGAACCAGAGCCGGAACUGGCAUGAGAAUGGUGUUUCUCCAUCUCCGCUUCCCCUAAGAGCUCCGGAUGCCUGGGCAGCAGCAAGACCUAUUUAUUAAAAAUUUAAAAGUGGACACAGCUGGCCAGGCUCCCAUAAUGCCCCGCCUUGUGAGGGCUGUUCCCCAGACUCCAUCUUGCUUCUCCUGUAUCUCUGGACCACAGGAUGGGGACAGCGCUACAGGCAGGCAAGGGAGCAGUGGUGGUCUCCCUUCCCUGCUGCUACCCCCACCGCUGACUGGAAGUUUCAGCCUAAAUUGCUGAGGACAGUGUGGGGUCAAAAAGACCAUGGGACAUGGAGUUUUGGCACUCAAUAAAUGCCAGGGUAGGUGCUCAAUAAAAGUUUAUUGUUGGAUGACUCCA